AUGAUCACGACUGGGAGCAUCAUCAACUACGGCGAUCAUGCCCUUCAGCAAAUCAAAUUCUUUCGUUAUCUGCCCAAGAACAGUCGAGCAAUAGUACUUAUCCAUGGCGGGGCUUGGAGAGACCCCAACAACACAUACGACGAUUUCCAGGAACUAAACCAACACUUCAACCAACACAGUGUCAAUGACGUCAACAUAAUCGGAAUCAAUUACCGUCUAUCUCCAGAAUUCAUCCAUCCCACCCAUCUAUAUGAUGUGUUCCUGGCACUACAGUUCAUAGACAAAACCGUCUCACCAACAUCUAUUCUGAUGGUAGGCCACUCUGUGGGAGCUACAUUAAUGUUACAGCUACUCAAUUACGUGCAAAUCAUGAAAUUAGGCGGAAAAGAUAUUGCCGCGGAUUUUUCGGGGGUGCUUGAUAAAAUCGACACAAUGUACUUUGUGGACGGAAUCUACGAUAUUUCAGCUCUCAUUGAAGAGUAUGGUGAGGGCUAUAAAGAAUUCGUGACUAUGGCGUUUGGAGAGGAGCACACAUUGGAGGGUGCGACACAAAUGGGUCUCGCGGACUUUGAGGGUUUUGCGCAUUUUCCAAAGAAAUUUGUGGUGGUUCACUCUCAACAAGACGAGUUACUCUCGAUGCACCAGCCAGACAUCUUUGUAGAGUUUCUCCAACGGAAUGGGAUACAGGCUACUGUGGUGAAGGGUGCAUGGGGGAAGCACGAAGAGGUGUAUCGCCGCGUAGAGUUGGCGCAAUUGAUUUCGAGGGAGGAGGCGGCUUGUGGCAAUUGA